AUGUGUUCCAUGAAUAUGCUUUUUAAUUGGGAUACAAAAAACCUUUGUAUCGUUUUUUCUUGGUGGCGUGUAGAUAAUAUUGGAUUUCUUUCAAGAAAGUACGAUGCAUCAAUCUAUAAUUCAUCUGCUGCAGAAUUGCAAGAUGAUGGCUUUGAAGAAAAUGCUACGGUGACCUCAGAAAUACAAACAGUAGUGCAGAAACGAAACAGAGUUUUCAGAAUAACAUUUAAGCAACAAAUGAUUCGUUCAUUAAUAUAUACCGUUCAAGUAUUUAUAUCGUUUUUUACAAUGUUAAUUUUUAUGACUUAUAACGGAUUUUUAAUGUUUAGUGUAGCAAUUGGUGCUGGUAUUGGUUACCUUUUUUUUGGGAAACCCACAUUAUCACUAAACUAUGAUUUACCAGAUAGAUUAACUUGCCAUUAA